AUGAUUCUGAUUACUUUGGCCUUGGGGCUGGCUACGGUCGGCCUUCUGUAUUUGGUGAUGACAUGGAAUUUCGACCAUUGGCGGAAGCGUAGAGUGCCGGGACCCAAGCCAAAGAUACCCACGGGCAACUAUCCCCACAUGUACACAAUGAAGCGACAUGCCGUUUACGAUCUCAAUGACAUCUAUGUCAAGUACAAGAACAAGUACGAUGCUGUGGGUAUAUUCGGGGGACGAGUACCACAGCUGUUGGUGAUUAAUCCGGAACUGGCACGUCGGGUGUUUGUGUCGGACUUCAAGCACUUCCACGACAACGAGGUAUCCAAAUUGAUUAACGAGAAGAGCGACUUCAUCUUUGCCAAUAAUCCAUUCUCGCUGACCGGCGACAAGUGGAAGCAGCGUCGCGCAGACAUAACCCCAGGCCUGACCAUGAGUCGAAUCAAGACGGUCUAUCCAGUGACGAAUAAGGUGUGCCAGAAGCUGAGUGAGUGGGUCGACAAACAGAUACGUCUGGGUGCACCCGAGGGCAUCAAUGCCAAGGAUAUGAGUCUCUGCUUCACCUCUGAGAUGGUCACCGACUGUGUGCUGGGGCUCAGUGCCGAGAGCUUCUCGGACAAUCCCACACCCAUUAUGGGCCACAUCAAGGAUCUGUUUAGCCAGCCCUGGACCUUUCUGAUCUACUUUGUUAUAAUCAGCACCUUCCCCUCGCUGAUCCAUCUGAUCAAGCUGCGCUUUGUGUCGCCCAAGGUGGAGCGCUUCUUCAUCGAGCUCAUGGAGAACGCUGUGCAGGCACGGCGCGCCCAAUUGGUCGCUGGGAAACAGUUUGAGCGCACGGACUUCCUCGACUACAUCCUGCAGAUGGCAGAGAAGCGGAGCCUGGACACACGCCAGCUGCUGGCCUACACCAUGACGUUCCUGCUGGAUGGCUUCGAGACGACGGCCACAGUGCUCGCCCACAUGCUGAUGCUGCUAGGCCGCGAACCCGAAGCCCAGAAGCGCCUAAGGGAGGAGAUCCUGGCUCAUGUCAAAGAUGGCAUUGUCAACUUCGAGAAGCUCAAUGAUUUGCCCUUCCUUGAUGCCUGUGUGCAAGAAACAAUUCGCAUUUUCCCGCCCGCCUUCAUGUCCAACAAACUCUGCACCAAGGCCAUUGAGCUGCCCAACAAGGAUGGCCCCAAUUUCACUGUGGAGGUGGGCACCACCGUUGUCAUACCGCACUAUAGCUUCAUGCUAGACGAGGACUAUUAUCCCGAUGCUCAGUCCUUCCAGCCCGAUCGUUUCAUGGAGCCCGAUGCGGCCAAAAAGUUCCGCGAGAGCGGCACCUUUAUGGGAUUCGGAGAUGGUCCCCGUGUCUGUAUUGGAAUGCGCUUUGCCCUGGCUCAGAUCAAGGCGGCUGCCGUUGAGCUAAUCACAAAAUACAAUGUCAAGGUGAAUCCCAAGACCCGAAAAGACAACCUCUACGAUCCCAUGAGCGUUAUCACCUCCUUGCAAGGUGGCAUCUGGUUGGAUCUGGAGGCACUUUGAAUGCUCCGCCUCCCGCCAUGACCUUCCACUGAUGGCCGACAGCUUUUCGCUUUGUUGUUUGUUUCUAUUUUGUUUUUGUUUUUGUUUGCAUAAAUAUAAUGAAUGCCAAUUAC